AAAUAGUUGUUAAAACAAAUUGCACCCCUGGUUAAUUGGCUCUGCUGGCUUCUGAUAGUUAUUUAAUUGAUGGUUGCAGAUGGAGGGAUCUGUCUGUGCAUAUAAUACUAUAUGUAAAGCUGACAAAAUUAACAGGAGAGGGCAACUGUUUUAAUAUCAAGUUAAAAUUGUCUUACGAAAGGCUCGAAAUAAAGAGAAAAACUUGUCUUCGUUGUUCAGAUUGUUAUAUCUUAUUAGAACUUCUAUCAAAGUCACCGUGGGAAUUGUAGAAGAGCUUUGUCCUCUUUGUCCGGUCCGAUACUGGUUUGCAGUUUGCGCCAGUGGGGGAUGAAUUGAUUAGUUUCUCGGUAUUGGCCACUUUUGGAAACCCGGGACGCUGCAGCAGCACAUGAAUGCCACACGGUCAAAAGUCACUUAAAGGUUGUGGGGUCACCUCCAAUGAAAAGAUGAGGGUCUGAUUCUCAUCGCCUCAGAGCAGCGUCAGGACAAUGAAGAGUUGCACACUAUUGAAAAUGUGGUACUUUAUGUGUUCCCACCUGACCGUGGCAUCUCUGAGCUACGUGUGAAUGAGGGACGGUGGUAAAGAGAGCGGUGUCUAGACAAGAAGGGCGUAAACAACAUGUUUUGUAAGACAUGCUGCGGCACGCCCCAUGUUUGACUUUUACCCUUUUUUACGUUCUUACAAACCAGGCAGCUUGGCAUUCUUGAAGAAAAGUAGAAAUUCUGUGUCAUUGAGAAAGAAAGUCCCAAAACGUUGCUGAGAGCACGGUGCCGCUUCAUAAAAGUUUCAGACUCUGGACGAUCAGGGGGGCGGUCAGAGGGCUGCCCUUUCUGCUUUCAUUCACACUCUGAAAGGCUGGAGUUGCGUCCCUCGCUCUCAUUGUGGAGAUUCGCUCCCAUGCGACAGGCCGGAGCUACAUACAUAAGGAACCCGUAUUGGACAAGACAAAACAAUUAUUAAAAUCAUGUGCGUUUUGUGAUGAAUUAAAUUAAACUAUUUCCGAACGAUCAACGCGAGACCUCGUCUGGAAGUGAGUUAUGGAUUUCAUAAGACAACGUGUUUUGCAAGAAAGCAACAAUGAAAAAAAACUAAGAAACAACCGAAAACAGAAAAACAUCAAGAGGCCUUUGAACAUGUAAGCACGCCAAACUCGAAGAAAAAAUUGGGAUGGACGCGGACAUGUUUUCUUAUUAUUUUGAUUUUAAAAUCCCCGGGUUUAGGCCGUGCAGAUAUGACAGAACACAAAGUUGCCCACGAAGGACUUUGUCCAAACAAGCUGAACUCCCAUCUGUGGGUUGAUGCGCAAAGCACCUGCGAGAGGGAAUGCAACGUGGACGAGGACUGUGCCGACUUUGAAAAAUGCUGCACCAACGUGUGUGGUCUAAACAGCUGUGUGGCCGCACGGUUCUCUGAUGGAACCCCAGCUCAGCCUGGCGGACAGAGCGCAGGAAAUACAAGUGAAAGCAACUCAACUACAACCUGUGAUGGCUUCAUCUGCAGCCAGCAGGGCGCAACCUGUGAUAUCUGGGAAGGCCAACCCAUCUGCAAGUGUCGGGACCGCUGCGAAAAAGAUCCCAACUUUACUUGUGCCUCUGAUGGCCUCACUUAUUUCAACCGCUGCUACAUGGACGCAGAGGCCUGCAUUCGGGGAGUCACAUUGACUGUGGUUGCCUGUCGUUUCUAUCUCGCUGGACCUCACACCAGUCCACUGCCACAAGAUACUACAGCUCAUCCUACCCCGACCUCAUCUCAAGAGGACCCCAUGCCCCCCACACUCUUCUCCAAUCCCCACCAUCAGUCCAUUUAUGUUGGAGGCACAGUUAGCUUCCACUGUGAUAUUGUAGGUGUCCCCAGGCCUGAUGUGACUUGGGAGAAGCAGAAUGAACGGAGAGAGCGGCUGGUCAUGAGGCCGGACCAAAUGUAUGGGAAUGUGGUCAUCACUAACAUUGGACAGCUUGUCGUUUACAAUGCUCAGGUGUGGGAUACAGGGAUUUACACCUGUAUUGCAAGGAAUUCUGCAGGAGUGCUUCAUGCAGACUAUCCACUCUCUGUAAUACGCAGAGCAGAAGAUGAUUUCUCUGAAGACCCUGAAAUGCCCAUGGGACGUCCCUUCUCUCCAGCAGACUGUUUGGCUGAAGUGGAUCAGCGGGUGUGCAGUGGAGAGCGCCAUGUGGACUGGUACUAUGACAGCACAUUAGGAAACUGCCAAGCUUUUAACAAUGGUGGUUGUGAAGACAGCCGCAAUAGGUUUGAGACCUAUGAAGAAUGCAAGGCCUCUUGCCAGCGAGAAGGGAUGGGCAUAUGCUCCCUGCCUGCGGUCCAAGGUCCCUGUAAAUCCUGGGAGGCACGCUGGGCCUGGAAUAUGAUCAUGAAGGAGUGUCAGGCCUUUGUCUAUGGUGGAUGUCAUGGAAAUGCCAACAACUUUCAAACUAAGAAAGAGUGUGAAGCAAACUGUCCUCAACGGAAAAAGAGACCUUGCAAGACUUGUCGGGUGAAAGGUAAGAUGGUGCCCAGUUUGUGUCGAAGUGACUUUGCCAUAGUGGGACGCCUCACAGAGUUGGUUGAGGAUCUAGACUCUGGGUUGGCACGAUUUAGUUUGGAAGAAGUUCUGAGAGAUGAAAAAAUGGGUUUAACUUUCUUUAAUACAAAACAUCUUGAAGUGACUAUUGCAAAGAUAGACUGGAGCUGUCCCUGUCCCAACAUUACAAUGGAGGAAAACCCUUUGUUGGUCAUGGGUGUUGUGCAGGAUGGCAUGGCAAUCAUCCAGUCAGACAGCUAUGUUAAAUCAAUAACUGAGCGCAGACUCAAGAGGCUGCGAGAAGUAGUGGGCAAAAAGGGCUGUUAAGAUUACAUUUUCCGAAUGAUUGUCUAUGGUAUAAGAAUAUUGAAUAUUGUGAUUGCAUUUUCUUUUUUACUAAUGCUUAUUCUACAAACAACCAUUGCAUUAUUUUACUAAUGCACUUUUUCUAAUAAAAAUAUGUAUCAACCC